AUGAAGCUCACCUUGUCCAUCUACGCCGCCGCGUUGUGCGGUCAGCUCGCCGUGGCCGGGCCCAGCAUCAUCGGCGGCGAGCUUGCCAGCCCCGGCUCCGCGCCCUACAUGGUCAGCAUCCAGAAAAACGACAUUCACCUCUGCGGCGGCACGCUCAUCCGCGACAACCUCGUCCUCACCGCGGCCCACUGCCUCGUGCACGAGCACCCGCGGUCACUGCGAAUCGCCGCGGGCUCUCACUCGUACCAUAAACGCGCCGUCACGCGCGGCGUCGCCAAGGGCAUCAUACACGCCGACCACGACGGCAAGAAGCGCAUCAACGAUGUUGCGCUGAUCCGGCUCCGCCGCCCCUUUAAGCUGACCGACACCGUCCGCACCGUCGAGCUCUCCCAGCGCCCGCAGAUUGACGGCGGCACCAACGUGACCGUGUACGGCUGGGGAUACACCAGCUACCCGCAUCAAAAAAGAAUACCAAAGCUGCAGGUUCUGCACCGCAACAUUGUCGACACGGCCGCGUGCAACGACGCCUACGUCGAGUACAAUGGGAAAAAUGUCACUGUCAACCAGCUCUGCACGCAGACGCAAGGCCAGGGAACCUGCUGGGGCGACUCGGGCGGGCCCCUUGUCUGGAUCGACGACGAUGGCAAGGAAUACCAGGUCGGCAUCGUCUCUUGGGGCGUCUCGUGUGCCAGAGAGUGGCCGGAUGUUGCCACCAAGGUCAGCUCGUACCUGAAGUGGAUUGAGGACAACUCUGCAUAG